AGCGGCCGCGGCUCGUGGUGUGCCUGCCCGGGGGGCCGCCGCAUCGGCGCCGCUGAGGCCAAGGACAGACCGACAGACAGCCCGCCCUCCCCCGCUCAAACCGGGAUCAUGACGGUCCCCAAGGAGAUGCCCGAGAAGUGGGCCCGGGCCGGGGCGCCCCCCUCCUGGAGCAGAAAGAAGCCCUCUUGGGGGACAGAAGAAGAAAGGAGGGCUCGAGCCAACGACCGAGAAUACAAUGAGAAAUUCCAGUAUGCAAGUAACUGCAUCAAGACCUCCAAGUACAAUAUUCUCACCUUCCUGCCUGUCAACCUCUUUGAGCAGUUCCAGGAGGUUGCCAAUACCUACUUCCUGUUCCUUCUCAUUCUGCAGUUGACCCCACAGGUGUCCUCCCUUUCCUGGUUCACCACCAUCGUGCCUUUGGUUCUUGUCCUCGCCAUCACGGCUGUUAAAGACGCUACUGAUGACUAUUUCCGCCACAAGAGCGAUAACCAGGUGAAUAACCGGCAGUCCCAAGUGCUGAUCAAUGGGAGCCUCCAGCAAGAGCAGUGGAUGAAUGUCUGUGUUGGCGAUAUUAUCAAGCUGGAAAACAAUCAGUUUGUGGCGGCGGAUCUCCUCCUCCUUUCCAGCAGUGAGCCCCAUGGCCUGUGUUACAUAGAGACCGCAGAACUUGAUGGAGAGACCAACAUGAAAGUGCGCCAGGCAAUCCCAGUCACCUCGGAGUUGGGAGACAUCAGUAGGCUCGCCAAAUUUGAUGGUGAGGUGGUCUGCGAGCCUCCCAACAACAAGCUGGACAGGUUCAGUGGGACCCUUUACUGGAAGGAGAGCAAGUUCCCCCUGAGCAACCAGAACAUGCUGCUGCGGGGUUGUGUGCUGCGCAACACCGAGUGGUGCUUCGGGCUGGUGGUCUUUGCGGGUCCUGACACGAAGCUGAUGCAGAACAGCGGCAGGACAAAGUUCAAGAGAACAAGUAUUGAUCGCCUAAUGAAUACAUUGGUGCUCUGGAUUUUUGGAUUCCUGGUCUGCAUGGGGGUGAUCCUGGCCAUUGGCAAUGCCAUCUGGGAGCAUGAAGUUGGGAUGCGCUUCCAGGCCUACCUGCCGUGGGACGAGGCGGUGGACAGUGCCUUCUUCUCCGGCUUCCUCUCCUUCUGGUCCUAUAUCAUCAUCCUCAACACCGUGGUGCCCAUAUCGCUCUACGUCAGCGUGGAGGUCAUCCGCCUGGGCCACAGCUACUUCAUCAACUGGGACAAGAAGAUGUUCUGCAUGAAGAAGCGGACGCCCGCGGAGGCACGCACCACCACCCUGAACGAGGAGCUGGGCCAGGUGGAGUAUGUCUUCUCUGACAAGACGGGCACCCUCACCCAGAACAUCAUGGUCUUCAACAAGUGCUCCAUCAGCGGCCGCAGUUACGGGGACGUGCUUGAUGUCCUGGGACACAAAGCUGAAUUGGGACAGAAGCCGGAGCCUGUUGACUUCUCCUUCAACCCUCUGGCCGACAACAAGUUCUUAUUUUGGGACCCCACCCUCCUGGAGGCUGUCAAGAUGGGGGACCCCCACACGCACGAGUUCUUCCGUCUCCUUUCUCUGUGUCAUACUGUCAUGUCAGAAGAGAAGAACGAAGGGGAGCUGUACUACAAAGCCCAGUCCCCGGAUGAGGGCGCCCUGGUCACCGCAGCCAGGAACUUUGGUUUUGUAUUCCGCUCUCGCACCCCCAAAACCAUCACUGUCCACGAGAUGGGCACAGCCGUCACCUACCAGCUGCUGGCCAUCCUGGACUUCAAUAACAUCCGCAAGCGCAUGUCUGUCAUCGUGCGGAAUCCAGAAGGGAGGAUCCGACUCUACUGCAAAGGGGCUGACACGAUCCUGCUGGACAGACUUCACCCCUGCACCCAGGAGCUGCUCAGCACCACCACUGACCACCUGAAUGAGUAUGCCGGGGAAGGGCUGAGGACCCUGGUUCUGGCGUACAAGGAUCUGGAUGAAGAGUACUAUGGGGAGUGGGCCCAGAGACGGCUCCGAGCCAGCCUGGCCCGGGACAGCCGGGAGGACAGGCUGGCCAGCGUGUACGAGGAGGUGGAGAGCAACAUGGUGCUGCUGGGCGCAACAGCCAUUGAGGACAAGCUUCAGCAGGGGGUUCCAGAGACCAUCGCCCUCCUGACGCUGGCCAACAUCAAGAUUUGGGUGCUGACCGGAGAUAAGCAAGAGACGGCCGUGAACAUCGGCUAUUCUUGCAAGAUGCUGACGGACGACAUGACGGAGGUGUUCGUUGUCACCGGCCACACUGUCCUCGAAGUGCGGGAGGAGCUCAGGAAAGCCCGGGAGAAGAUGCUGGACUCACCCCACGCCGUGGGAAAUGGCUUCACCUGCUCAGAGAAGCGUUCUGCCAAGCUCACUUCUGUCCUGGAGGCCGUUGCCGGGGAGUACGCCCUGGUCAUCAACGGGCACAGCCUGGCCCAUGCGCUGGAGGCGGACAUGGAGCUGGAGUUCCUGGAGACGGCCUGUGCCUGCAAAGCUGUCAUCUGCUGCCGUGUGACCCCUUUGCAGAAGGCACAGGUGGUGGAGCUGGUUAAGAAGCACAAGAAAGCCGUGACCCUCGCCAUCGGCGACGGAGCCAAUGAUGUCAGCAUGAUCAAGACGGCUCACAUUGGCGUGGGCAUCAGCGGCCAGGAGGGCAUCCAGGCUGUGCUGGCCUCUGACUACUCCUUCUCCCAGUUCAAGUUCCUGCAGCGCCUCCUGCUGGUGCACGGGCGCUGGUCCUACCUGCGCAUGUGCAAAUUCCUCUGCUAUUUCUUCUAUAAGAACUUUGCCUUCACCAUGGUCCACUUCUGGUUUGGCUUCUUCUGCGGCUUCUCCGCCCAGACCGUCUACGAUCAGUACUUUAUCACCCUUUACAACAUUGUGUACACCUCGCUCCCAGUCUUAGCCAUGGGGGUCUUCGACCAGGAUGUCCCGGAGCAGCGGAGCAUGGAGUACCCCAAGCUGUAUGAGCCAGGCCAGCUGAAUCUUCUCUUCAACAAGCGGGAGUUCUUCAUCUGCAUUGCCCAGGGCAUCUACACGUCCGUGCUCAUGUUCUUCAUCCCGUACGGCGUGUUUGCUGAGGCCACGCGGGACGACGGCACCCAGCUGGCCGAUUACCAGUCCUUUGCGGUCACCGUGGCGACCUCCCUGGUCAUCGUGGUCAGCGUGCAGAUCGGGCUGGACACUGGCUACUGGACGGCCAUCAACCAUUUCUUUAUCUGGGGCAGCCUGGCUAUCUACUUUGCCAUCCUGUUUGCCAUGCACAGCAAUGGGCUCUUCGACAUGUUUCCAAACCAGUUCCGGUUUGUGGUCCCAAGGCCGCCAGCGGCUUCGUUCCCCAGGCAACGCCCAGAACACCCUAGCCCAGCCCACGGUGUGGCUGACCAUCACGCUCACCACCGUCGUCUGCAUCAUGCCUGUGGUCGCCUUCCGGUUCCUCAAGCUGAGCCUGAAGCCCGAUCUCUCGGACACGGUGCGCUACACCCAGCUGGUGAGGAAGAAGCAGAAGGCCCAGCACCGCUGCCUGCGACGGGUGGGCCGCACCAGUUCCCGGCGCUCGGGCUACGCCUUCUCGCACCAGGAGGGAUUCGGGGAGCUCAUCAUGUCUGGCAAAAACAUGCGGCUCAGCUCCCUCGCUCUGGCCAGCUUUACCACCCGCUCCAGCUCCAGCUGGAUUGAGAGCCUGCGCAGGAAGAAGAGUGACAGCGCUGGGAGCCCCAGCGGAGGGGCCGACAAGCCCCUCAAGGGGUGAGGGCUGACCCUGGGGCGCCUGUGCCGGCCACGCGCGUGCGGGGCGGUCCAGCCACCGAGAGGACAGCUUCUCGGAACUGCGGGCCCCCCACGCCCGCCUUGCAUCCCUCCUUGCAGACCCCAUCCUACUGGCACCUCCAGCCCGGGGGGGGGGGCGGUGGUGGUGGCGGGGGCCCGGAGGGUGGAGCAGGGACAGGGGCAUCAGGAGCCAGCCCCAGGGAGGGGUCAGAUGUGGAACCAAAAACUGAAAUUGAGAUUGGGUCUGCCCCUGCCCUGCUUGGAGCCCACAGGGAGACUAGAAUCUCUGUAUUUUUUUACUCCCACUCCCCAGAGGGGGCCGAGGGCCUCUGUUCCUGAAUUACACAAGAAUGUAUCAUGCUGGGAA